CCAGAGAAUAAGUUAAGCUCUGUUUCUCUCUUUAAUUCGUUUCAGGCAAAAAGAGGGAAAUUCCAGGGCGGAGAGGUUUUGAGCUCUGUAAGAAUGAAGCUUUAGCUUUAAUGGAGGGGAAAAGACAAAACGCCUUACCUUUUAAGCUUUAGAGAGAGAAGUUUCCACUGUCAAAAACUUGUUAGGAAUGGAGAAUAGUAGCAGCACCAGCAGUAUCACUAACAAUGGCGUUUUAGUUGCGAAUCAGAAAAAGCCAAGUGAGGGAAUCCGAUUGGAGAAUCCAUUUACUUUGAAAGUGGGUCAAGUAUUUACUGGCUUUGGCUUUGGUUGCGGUAUUGGUAUCGGCGUGGGUCGCCCCAUAAAUCUCGGUACUGCCUUUUCUCGUUGUGCAGUUCUAAUUCUUUCCGCUUAUCUUUUCUCUCAGAAGAUAUAGUAUUAUUUAAUAAUGGAUUUUUGGAAGCUCUUUAAAUCCAAAGAUGGUGAAACCCAUUUGAAACCAGAUGCUAAGACACCAUGUUCUAUUCCUGUAUUGAAUGAAGUUAUGAGUGCUGCAAGAGGUGCAACAUAUGCAUUUUCUGGUGCUACCAGACAUGUAAACGACUCAUUUAAGAAGAUUGGAGCUAAGAACGUUCAAGCUGGCGUAGGAUGUGGAGUUGGUUUUGGCCAUGGUUUUGGAAUUGGCCUUGCUUUGAAACCGACCGCAUUGCAGAAAAUUCAGGUUUCUUUUGCUGUAGUCAUGUCAAAGGUGAUGACGAAGUUGGGUCUUGGUCCCCAAUUACCUUUUGGUCAAGGAGUCCUUCCAAGCUCAUUGCAAGGAGGUAUGAGCUUGCUGAAUAAUUCUUCAAGCCAAAAUCCAAUGGGAAGUAUCAUGCAGUUGGCAACACAAGUACCAGACAAUGCAUCUCAAGGCCUGACUGGAUAUGAAAGUAAAAGUAAAGAUUCAAGUUAUGCAAUUACUUCAUCGAAAAACCCUUCAAUUGAAACACCCUAUGGUAGUAGGACAGAAAAGGUUCUCAGCAAUUUUCUACAGAAUCCAGUUCUGAAGGGAGAGACAAGUGAACUAAAAGAAGUGGAUGGCCGGCAAAGGACAGAAAACACCAUGCUUCACAUGGUAUUGAAACACCAGAAAGUAAUUGAAGAGUUGAAAGAAGAGAAUGAGAAGCUUCGCCAAGUAUUAGUGGAAGAGCUGAAAAUACCAUUUGAAAAGCUGCACAUUACUUCUUCUUCUAGUAAAAAUAAUUAUCCAUGUUCUGAUUGUUUUGAAUGUAGAAGAAGACAAAGAAAAAAAUAGACUGAAGAUAUAUAUAUUAAUUAAUAUAUGAUGCAAAUGCAAUGAAGUGUCCUUACCAUUAUCAUGUUUUACCAAGUAGUCUAGAGAAGAUUACCAUACUGACAUAUGAAGAGAAAUUCUGCCAGAAAAAUACAAAGCAAUUUUAUGAUUCUUGUUUGUACUUCUUCAUGUUUAUACAAUGUUCUACUUUUUAAAUGGGAAAAUCCAAAUCAGAGUGAAGUUUCUUUUUGCUA